CAAAAAUUGGAAUUGGCGUUGUGUUGAUGUCAAUCAAGAUUGAAACUGUGUGUAAAGGCGGGAUUUAAGAAUCUAAACAUUGUCAUUAUGAGUUUGUUUGAGUGAUGUUAUGUGUUUUUUUUUGGUGCCCAUUACCUGUCAAAGCUUUACGUUUUUGAUCCUUUUUUCGCAGGUAGUUUUUCAAAAAAUCGUGAUUUUUAGUCAAAAUGGCCGAAAGUUCGGUCAACGGUUUGCCCGACGUCCCGGAAAUAAAGACAGAACUUGAGGAAGAGCUUCACCCCGUAAUACCCAAAGAAUUUCUCACUAACGGCGUACACGAAGACAGCGAUUGCGAGGAAAUCGCAUACUUCAGUCAAGCCGAAGUGGACAGCACCAGAAGAUGUCUUGAAAACACUCGCCUCAUAAUCAAAGAUUUUGAGACACAGCUAGACUGGCAUUUGCAACAAUACAUGGCCCUUCGGGACAUUUUCAACAAGAAAGGGGGCGGCAAGGACGACUCGUCGAAAAAACAGGAUUUGUUAAGUAUAUCCCAACUAAGCGCCUUAAUCGCCAACCACCCUGAAGGCAACAAGAAGUUCAUCAAGCGAAAGGGGGCUUUGAACGGCCCCGGAAAUAAGAAACGGCGCCAAAAUAAGGAAACUGAUUCGGAAGGGAGUGACUUUAGCGACGACAGUGAAGACUAUGAGGAAAUUACCGGGGGUAAACAGCCCUCCAAGAAGAAAAAGAGUAAGAAAAACAACUUUGAUAUGGUGGUGCCUAAAGACGAAAUCGAGGAGGAAGUCCACGAAUUGAUCGAACCCAAAGUGGAAAGACAGAGUGAUGAGGAGAUGGAGGUUGCGCCUCCAAUGCCGGCGAAAAGGGGGCGACCACCGAAAAGUGAGACCGGGGGUCGAGGGAGGAAGAAAGUAGAGACGGUUGAUUUGACAAAUAUGAGGAGUUGUUCAGUUGUGUUAAAUAGGUUUGAUGAGUCUCAAAGGCCAGUUGUUGUUAAAGACGAAAAUAUUGACAAGGAUGAUUUAGUCGAAUUGUUGCAAAGUAAAGCGAUUGAUACGAUAGAAAAAUUCUCACCCGAUUCGGAAAAACCGAUAGAAAUUUUGAGAGAGGAUAACUAUAAAGAGUUUAAUUAUAACGAAUUGAGUACAAGUAACAUCGUUGUAAUGUUUGAUGACCUCGAGGAGUUACCCGAGUUUGUUUUUAAUAAAAAAGUUGCUGACUUUAUCCUAAAUGGUCAGAUUAAGCUUGUCAAAUCAGGCGUUUUUGAUCAGUUUUUAGGUGAUCAAAAAAUUUAAUAAUAGUAUACUAAAAAUAACAGAUGUUGAAAAUUUAGUCUUACGAUUACUUCCUAGUGUAUGGUUUUAUUGUUCAUUUUUUAUAAUUCCGUUCUAUCUACAUAACCGUAACGAUGUAAUUAAUCAUCACAGAAAAGCGGCGGUUGUAUUUUUUUUAUAAAUUUAAUAUUUGUUUAUGUACA